AUGAUUACCAUCAUUGGAUCUCUCAACUUCGAUUUGGUGACAACAGCGAAACGCAUCCCAGAGGGCGGGGAAACUGUUGGCGCAACUAACUUUGCUACGUUCCAUGGUGGUAAAGGUGCUAAUGAAGCUCGAGCCGCUCGUCGGUUGAGUCCAUCUGACGUCAAGGUCAAGAUGGUCGGCUUGGUUGGAGACGACACUUUUGGCAAUGAAUUGCGGGCUGGACUCGAGAAAGAAGGUGUCGAUGUGAGCCAGGUCAAUUAUUCAGAUAAACGCACCGGUAUUGCCACGAUUUUGGUGGAUGCUGAAGGCGAGAACAGGAUCUUAGUGUACCCCGGAGCCAACGGAGAUUUCUCAAUUGACAAAGUGUCGGAAGAUCUAUGGGCUGAAUCUGAAUUUGUUUUACUUCAAAACGAGAUUCCAUUGGAGUCGACCCUUGAAAUCCUUAAGCAGGCUGCCAAAACUGUCAAAACUGUCUACAACCCCUCUCCGAUUUUGGACGUUCCCAACAGCGCCUACGAAAACGUCGAUUACUUGAUUGUGAACGCUAUUGAGGCUGGAAUUAUCGCUCAUAAUGACGGAAACUCAGUUCAAACUCAGAAUGAUGCUGAAAAAGUACUGGACUCUUUGCUGGAUCUCGGGGUUCGCACGGCAGUUGUUGUGACAUUAGGAUCGCAUGGCGCCGUGUAUGCAUCCAAGGAGGGAUCCGAACGAGGAUUUGUUUCUGCUGCGAAAGUCAAGCAUGUUGUAGAUACAACAGGCGCCGGUGAUACGUUUUUGGCCGGGUUCAUCUCCCAAGUUCACCAAGGCAAACCUCUUGAAGAGAGUUUGCAGUUUGCUACAAAGGCAUCGGCUAUCGUUGUAAGUAGAGAAGGUGCUGCUGCAUCUAUGCCUACAUUAGAGGAGGUGUUGUCUUCUUAG